ACUGAAAUUACAUUAGUGAACAAAGCAGGUAAAACUCACUGUCCACACCAUGUUCUGCAAGGUCGUCAGGUGGGUCAUUUAACAGUCCUGAGCCUCAGUUUCCUCAUCCGUGAAGUGGGAACAGCAGUGCCCUCUUUCCUGAGAGCUGUCGGGACUCGCAGAGAUAGUGAGGGGAGGGAGGGAGGCAGGCAGCCGGCGGUGGGCAGUUCCCCAGCAUCCACUGAUGCUUGUCUUUCUGUCAUGUGUGUACGUGUGUGUUCCACGGCCUGCCCUCUCAGGCUUUAAAAUGUGUGUCAGCAGCAGCAGCAGCCACGAUGAGGCCCCCGUCCUGAGCGACAAGCACCUGGAUGUGCCCAACAUCAUCAUCACCCCCCCGACCCCCACAGGCAUGAUGCUGCCAAGGGACUCCAGGAGGACAGUCUGGCUGGAAGAGACGGGGUCAUGUCCAGAGGAUGGAGAAAUAGACCCUGAAGCCUGAGGAAGAGGCACAGGUCAGGGAUUUGUUGGCAUCGAUUGGCUCCUGGUCUGGCCAUCCCUCGUUCCACAGGCCCCCAAGGGGCGUAGUUGCCUGGGACAGAUGUGCUGAGUAAGAUGGAUGCAAGAGUGAUUUCUGCACUUGACCAGAAGUGUGGCAAGAUGAGCAAGGAAUCAGCCCUGCACUCUUCCAGAAUGAUGUUUCCCUGGCCCCAUUGAGUGGACUAGACCUCUAAUGCCUACACAUUCUUGCUGACCCCAGGGCCAUGGUGUUGGCCAUCGGGGUGCCAGGGAGAGGCUUUCUUCUGGACAAACACACACCCAGCAUCCUGGGCCAUGCAGACGGUGCCCAGGAGAUCAACACAUACGAGAACUUCUUGCAAAGGAGUGGCUACAUUUUUUAUAAGUUGUUUUACAGAUAUCAAAACAGUCCAAAAGUGAUUUAUAAUUUUUUUUGCAUUAUAAAUAAAGAUCCUCUGUAAUGAA